CACCAAACGACAGAAAGCGUAAGAUACCUUAAAGUCCGUUGGAUACCGUUGGAUACCAUGUCAUUCACCCCGGAAACUGUUUAACCGAUGUACACUGUUUUCAGAUUGAACGUGCACAGUUACGCAUCCGCCUCCUGACCUGAUUGGUUGUUGUUUUGUUAGAGGACAUAAUCCCACUGCUAUAGAUUACUCCAAAGUGAAAAGAAACCGCUCAUGUUAGAACUUCUCUGUACUUGGCCUACAACAACAUGUAUGUCAUAUUUACUCUUUUAGCGGGCUUGGCAAUUUUGCCAUUUUUGGUGUACGUUCGCUUUCCAUAUUUCCUACACGAUUUACGGUACAUACUUAAUGGUAUUGCUCUUGGGAAACGAGUUGGAAAAUACUCUUCUAGAAAGCCCUGCUACACCAUCCUGGACCGUUUUCUUGAGAGGGUCAAUUUACACCCGCACAAAAGUUUCAUCAUUUUCGAGAAUGAUACGUAUUCUUACCAAGACGCCGACAGGCGAAGUAACAAAGUUGCCAGGACCUUGUCGCAGCAUUGCAAACUUCAAGAGGGGGACGCAGUUGCCCUGUUCCUUGGAAACGACCCGGUUUAUGUAUGGAUCUGGUUGGGUUUAGCCAAACUUGGAUGUGUACCCGCACUUAUAAAUCAUAACAUAAGGGCGAAAUCCUUGUUGCACUGUUUCUCUUGUUGUGGCGCAAAGGUGCUCAUUGCAGCUGCUGAACUGAAAGACGCUGUUGUGGAAGUUCUUCCAGCACUGCGAGAGCAGAAGGUCUCAGUGUUCCUCCUCAGCAAGGAGUGUGACACAGAGGGGAUAGAAGCCAUCACAGAAAAGAUCGAGAAAGCCUCUGAUGAGCCCAUACCACCAGCUCUGAAGUCAAACCUGACCAUUAAGAGUCCUGCCGUGUAUAUUUACACCUCUGGAACAACAGGUCUUCCCAAGGCAGCUGUGGUAAACCAUGAACGAAUGUGGCUGGCCAGUUUCAUGCAGACUUUGGCAGGUGUACGGGCAGAUGACAUCAUAUAUGUUUACCUCCCUCUGUAUCACACUGCUGGAUUCCUGAUGGGACUAACAGGAGCUAUAGACCAAGGUAUAACAGUGGUCCUGAGACGCAAGUUUUCAGCAUCACAGUUCUGGAAUGACUGCAGAAAGCAUAAUGUGACUGUUAUCCAGUAUAUAGGUGAAAUAAUGCGCUACCUCUGCAAUACACCAAAGAAAGACAAUGACAGAACCCACAAGGUCAGAUUAGCCAUUGGCAAUGGAAUCAGAGUCGAUACAUGGUCAGAGUUUCUACAGCGCUUUGGCAAUAUCCACAUCUGUGAGUGCUACGGUGCCACUGAGGGAAACACUGGCUUUGUGAACUAUGUUGGUAAAGUCGGGGCAACUGGACGGGUGCUCUCACUACAGAAGAGGUUCCAGCCAUUCGCCCUGAUUAAAUAUGACACGGAGAGAGGAGAGCCAGUGAGAGACUCCAGAGGCCUCUGUGUAGAAGUGCCAACAGGGGAGGCUGGCCUUCUAGUGGCAAAAAUCACCAAAAGGGCCCCUUUCAUUGGCUAUGCCAAUAACAACCAGCAGACAGAGAAGAAAAGACUGAGGGAUGUUUUAGAGAAAGGGGACUUGUACUUCAACAGUGGAGACCUUCUCAGAAUGGACGAGGAAGGGUUCAUCUACUUUCAGGAUCGAAUUGGAGAUACCUUCAGAUGGAAGGGAGAGAACGUUGCAACCACUGAAGUUACCGAUGUACUUGUCAUCCUGGAUUUUAUAGAGGAAGCCAAUGUGUACGGUGUCAAAGUCCCAGGCCACGAAGGAAGGAUUGGAAUGGCAUCAUUGAAAAUAACUGAAGGAAUGGAGUUUAACAGCACUGCUACCUACGACCACUUGAAGGCCUACCUUCCCAGCUAUGCAAGACCUCGAUUUAUCAGGAUCCAGAGUUCCAUUGUUGUGACUGGGACCUACAAACAGAUGAAAGUCAAGCUUGCCGAAGAGGGAUUUGAUCCAUCUGUUAUUGACGAGGUCAUGUAUAUCUUGGAAGAGGGCAAGGGCUACAUCCCCAUGACUAAGGACAUUUAUACUGCAAUCAGCGAGGGAAGUAUGAGGCUGUGACACAUGAUUCUACACUCUCUUAUUUCCUGAUCGAUAAUUCACUAACUUGUACUGUUGAAGAGAUUAUGAUUAUUUGCUGCUAUGCUUUUUCACUGUGGUAUGUUCACAUUGUAUGUGCACUGUCCUUAUUGUACAUAUUUUUCUUGACUAAAUUACAAAAAACUUUGCUAAUACAGAGAUAUUACAAUACUCAGCCUGUUAAUAAACUGUGCCUUUAGAAUUCAGAAUUUUAUUUUCUGUUUUAACUUUUUAUUUUCUUACAUUUUCAAGAAAAGGCCACCUGCUGUAUGAAUGAUAUUGUGCAUCAAAAGCUGUGACAAAAUAUAAGUUUAAAUAAUAUGAGUGAGUGAAUAAAGAAAUGAUGACAUUU